GCCCUCUGUCCCCCCGACUCACCGUCGGCCCCCUCCUCGCGCCACCGGUGGCUUGGACCGAACCGGUGGCGAUCGCCGGGGCUGCAAGAUUUAGGCUAAAGCUCGAACGGCGGCGACAUGGAUUCCGGACGCCAUCGGAAACUGUCGCCCGAUCGCAUCCUAGGCGCCGAGCUUCGAUGCUCCGUCUCUAACUGUGCUGGUCACCACGUCCUCCGGCCGUUCUCCGUGCAGCGCAUUCAGGACGGCUCUUCCCUGUUGCAGCCACGUCCUUCGUUCUUCCGGUCGGAUAGCCGCGGGAUUCUAGCUGCCGUCUCGGAGGAGAAGACGCCCCCCGGACGCUGGAUUCUGUACCGGAAGCCAGAGCUAAGGCCGUCUUUUUCCAUGUGGGAGGCUCUCCGGCAGCAAGAGAUCCCUACGUCUCUGGACUCGUCUGCCGGGGGAUCACUCCGACAAUCGGCUUCCCGGAGUGUUCCCGCGUUGCCGAAGAGGAAGGGAAUGAGGGAGAAGGGGUUAGGGUCCGGGGGUGACGGGAGAGGGGAGGAGGAGGAGGAUGGGGAGGAUGAGGGGAAUUUUACGCCUCACGAGAUAGCGGCAAGGUCUCCGAUGACGGCCUUCUCGGUUCUGGAAGGGGCGGGACGGACGCUCAAAGGACGGGAUCUCCGCCGUGUUCGGAAUGCGGUCUGGCGGAAGACGGGCUUCCUCGAUUGAAAAUGCUGGUGCUCCUCUUCAAUGUCGUACUCUUCUUCAUCUGCAGUUACUUAUUAGGGACUAAAACGGGGAUGAGAAUAAUCCAAUUUUGCGUAAAAAACUAGCCCUUUAUUGAAGAUUCCGGUGCUCCUUGGCAACUAUGUUCUGUCACUUCUGUGUUUGUCCGCAGGUAGUACUGAAACUUUUGUAGAAGAGGAUAUGGAUGCUUGACACCACCAGUUGGUGUUGGAUAGCACAGACAUCUUGGGAAUGGGUUUUGGGGCAAAAAAAUAGUUAUUUUUUAUUAAAAUGCUUGUCGAUAUGGACCUUUGUUGUGUUUGGAUUCCAUUUCUCUGGUCGUUCAGAAGAUUACCGAAUGAUUUUUGUCGCUUUAUCUUGCAAAACAUUUUGUUCGAAACUUCAGAUGGUUGUAGGUAUAAGAAAUUUGUUAUUAUUUUAAAAAGUUUUGCUAGUUAAGCAGAUACAGUAAGGGGGAUAAUAUAAAGCCACAUAUACAAAGAGUGAGUAGCAUACUUUUCAUUUUUCCGUUUUGGUGGGUGCUGAUUCAUAAAUCUCGUAGAUUCAUCUUUGUUUGCUUCUCGCUGAUCGAAGUGUUCACAUUCAUGAAUGAAGAAGGCAUGAAUUUUCCGCAGAGGAGAAGUAAAAUGACUACAGAAAGAGAUGAAGAGUGAAAAUGAAAAAAUAUGAGGCACGUCAGAAGGUGAUGGCCUAUAUUAUAUACUUUGUUCU